GAAUUUUCUAAGAGAGAAACGAGAAUGAUAGCGACGUUGACCUUGACUUCAGAAAAUCAAGGAAGUGAGGGCGGCCAAUGGAAGGGUUGUGAAAUCAAACCCAAGAGAACACGUCUUUCCGGUUUGAAUGAUUAAAAGAUUUUUUCAUUUUGAUGGGCCUACCACAAGAGUCGAGGGUUCAAUUUUUUCGAUUUUGAAGUCAAGAGUUUUUCUGUUUCUUUUGAUUGAGAAUCGAGAGACACGCAAUCAAGAUUUGGAACACUAACGCCAAGGUACACAACUUAUAAAUAUUCGAUAGAUCUCAGAGAUUUGUGUGAAAGCAUGCUUUUGGUUUCAAAGUAAGUCUGCUAAAUUUAGUGGUUUUGGAUGGUGGAUUAAUUUUUGUUGGGGUACGUGUUUUUGGUAUGGGAUUGCUAUCCUUGUGUCUUUGAUAUUGGUGAAGUGAGGCAGGACUAGAGUUUCUUCUGGUCAUGCACAUCAAGUGCUCGAUCAAAUGCCUGUGUGGGGUUUAUGGGUUUUGAUGACAUACGUGGUUGUGACGGGUUUUACAAUACGAGUACGGGGUGUUUGUGAGGGAGAGAUGUCACAUGCAUUACAAUUGGAGGAUCUUUGGUGUUGUAUCAAAAUUUAGGUUUUUGUUGGCAAGGACAGCAAUAAAGACUAAAGAAGUAAGAAGGGGCAACAUCAAUAUGUAAGACUAAUUAUGCACAACAACAAUACCAGGUUCACCCUCCACUUAAGGUUUAUUGCAUUGUUAUGUGUUGUUAUGUGCUGAAAUGGGAGACUAGUUGUUUAUAAAAUGUUGAAGGGGAAUGCUCCAUCAGGUCUUGUUCUCUGGUAUUGGCCCUGACAGUUUUUGUUUUGAUAGUCCUUUGCUUUGUUUUGAGGUAUGAAUUUUGUUAUGAAUUUUGUCAUGAAUUUAGGUACCUUUGUACUCAUUUAAUAAAAUUAUUAUAUUACC